AUGCGUACGUCAGGGCGGGCGGCGCGCAGGGGUGUCCCCGCCCGGCCAGUCAACGCCGCACCGUCGCCGCGUGACGUCGUGCUAUCGCCCUCCGCCGCCCUAUAUCAAAAACCAUCGUUUGAACCACGUCCCGAAACCAACAACCCUGCAGACUGUCUGCUGCGUCGCGUACAGACGCGUGUAUACGCCAGUUCGCCCCAACAGUGCCAACCGAUUAGCACCUCUUACACAAUGCACGAAUCGCACAUCGACGUAGCGGUAAGCGGUUUUGCUUCUGCAAAUCUUUUUAAAUCACAAAAGCCAGUCGUCAAGAUCGCAUGUCGAAAGAGGAAAAGAAAAUAUCCUCCAGGUAGAGCGCGCCAGCUGCUUGGAUUUGGCGCGAACUUCGAGCAAAUCCGAAACGAAAACACGCCGCUUCGUGAUGUGGGCCAUCGUGUCUCUAACAAGAUAAAUUCAAAAAGGAUUCCCAAGCACACAUUUUACCAACUCAAUAAGGAU